GAUGUCUCCAGAAACAGCCGCGAGUCCGAUGAGGCGACAAAUACCUCGCAAGAGCCCAUUUCGUUCAAGUCUUCGGCAACGACGAGCGCGAGCUCGCUAUCAGGCAUCAACGAGGGACCCGAAUACCUGCCCGAUGAGGACUCUCCCGGGAGCUCGAUUAUCGAGGGAAACUUGCCUCGAGGCCAAUCGUUGCAGCACCUCCAGAACCGCAGGCAAGACUAUCCACAACGCGUAUCGAGUGUGCCAAUUGACGGCAUUCGCGCUCCGUCCAACCCGGAGCUGGUGGACAGCGCAGGCAAUAUCAGGCGCCACCUGACUCCCAUGUCCAACAACAUGAGCAGAAGCUCCCUGCCGCGCCCUCAGUCUGCGUACUCGGUCGUCUCCGAUGUACAGCGAGGCCGCUCUCCUGGCUUGAUGCCUGGCAACUCGCACAUGCGCGCCCCCUCGGUGCAGUCGCGAAAAUCGCCCGAUGUCCGCCAAUCAACAUACGCCGAGCUUCUCAACACGCCUUAUCCCCAACAGGCGCCCCCUCCCAUCACGCUGGACAAUUCGGGACUUCGAAAUGUGGUGGGCAACAACGCUUCGCUGCUUAGUGUCCAGAAGACGCUCGAGAUGUACCGCCAGAACGUCAAGAAGACGAAUGACUUUGCGGUUCAAUAUUCUUUUGCCGUCUUUCUCAUCUCUGUGGCCCAGGAGCAAGGCCUCGACUUUUCGGACCCGAAAGGGCGCAAGCACAACCCGCAGCCGUUCCGCGACCUGGAUAGCCCCGUUGUCGAGGCUACCGUGGCCAGCCCCUAUGAGCUGGUCCGAGAGGCUCGACAGAUUCUGCAACGGCUGGCCAGCGCAGGCUAUCCGUUUGCGCAGUACUACCUGGCCGAUGGCUUUGCCUCUGGCCUCUUCAACAAGGGCAAGGAAGACCACAACCAAGCCUUCCCUCUCUUUGUCCUUGCCGCCAAGCACGGCCAUGCUGAGUCGGCAUAUCGAACUGCUCUCUGCUACGAGUUUGGCUGGGGUUGCCGGAAGGACCCUGCCAAGGCGGUUCAGUUCUUGCGCUCCGCUGCCUCCAAGAGACAUCCGGGAGCCAUGACCCGCCUUGGCAAGGCGUGCCUCUCCGGAGACUUGGGUGAAAAGCGAUAUCGCGAGGGCAUCAAGUGGCUGAAGCUGGCUGCAGAGUCUGCUGACGCGCAGUACAACGCCGCCCCUUAUCAUCUGGGAUGCCUGUACGAGACGGGCUAUGGCGACGACAUAUUCCAAGACCUCAACUAUGCGGCCGAGCUGUUCACGCAAGCCGCAGAGCUUGGACACCCCGAGGCCAACUUCCGCAUGGGCGACGCUUACGAGCACGGGCGUCUCAACUGCCCCCGUGACCCAGCCCUCAGCGUUCACUUCUACACCGGCGCUGCCGAACGAGGACACGCCGCCGCCAUGAUGGGCCUGUGUGCCUGGUACAUGGUUGGGGCUCCGCCCAUACUGGAGAAGGACGAGGAAGAGGCGUAUGAAUGGGCUCGCCGAGCGGCCGAUAUGGGCUAUGUCAAGGCUCAGUACGCCGUCGGUUACUUUACGGAAAUGGGCAUCGGAUGCAGACGAGACAUCCUCGAGGCCAAUGUUUGGUACGUCAAGGCCGCAGAUGCUGGGGACGAGAGAGCCAAGCAGCGGCUGGCCAUCAUCCAGGCAGCCGUCAGCGGCCAAGGGACUCCCAUGGAGGUUGCCGCUCCCCGAAGCGGCAAGCUGGCGAAGGGAAGCAAAGAUGACAAGGACUGCGUUGUCAUGUGA